AUGGGCAAGCUCUCUUCCGCCAUCAAGGCUGGCCAGUCGGCCGCGCAGCUCGCCAACGACGCCAACAAGAUGCGCGCCGCCGCCGCCGACUUUCACCAGGCCGACAAGCGACAAAUGGGCCGCGAUGCCGGCCGCUUUGCCUUUUCCGAGGGCGCCAACACGGGCAAGACCGUGGGCAAGACGUGGCUCAAGACCUUUGAGGUGAUUCCGCGCCUCGUCGCGCGCGUCCUGCAGUUCAUCCUCGCGCUCAUCGCCGUCGGCUUCUACGGCCACCGUGUUGACAAGGACCGCAAGAGCGGCGCGACCCUCGCGCCCGAGUGGCUAUUUGCCGUCGUCGUUGCGGGCACGUCGGCCGUCACCGCCGUCGUGUUCCUCGUGCUCGCGUCGGCCGGCGCGCUGCCCGUCGUCGGCGCCCGCCUCAAGAUGCUCAAGACGCAUCGCGCGUUUGCGUGGGACGCGAGCUUGUGGGUGGCCUGGCUCGUCGUCUUUGCCAUUUUUGCGAGCAUCUUUCUCAAGAGAAGCAGCGACGACCCGUACAAGGGCGCGAGCGUUGGCCCCAUGAAGACGGCGGUGUGGGUGGAUUUGACGAACGCGGUGCUCUGGAUGGGCUCGGCGGGCUACGGCUGCUUCAAGACGUUUCUGGGUCGCAAGAUCGACGCUGCCAGCGACAGGAUCGGCAACAAGCUGUUUACUAAGAAGGGCGGCAAGGGUCACGAGAUGAAGACUUACACGGAGAAUGUCUAG